GAUGACAGACACAUGGACCUCUUGCUCUCCGGACUGGGGGAAUUGUGAAAGGCAUGAUAGUUGCACCAUGAUGCAGAUAUUCUCGCUGAAGCUACCUUACACUUCUGCUUCUAUCAGUGGCCCAGUUCAGUUGUAUGGGUACAUGGCUGUCCGGGAUCUUUUGAACCCUUACCGAAACUACAUCUUCAACCGCAGCAGGGAUGAUCCUUUCAUUGUGGAACAGGAGGAUGGGUUUAUACAAAUGACUGGCCCUAAGAGAGGAAUCAGAAAUGAUGGUUAUGUGCUGCUUGAGUUCGACAUGAAGAUCAAGACUGGAGAUGAAGAAAGUGAUGAUUUACAGCUCAUCGAUGGUGUUGCCUACUUCAACAACCUAACCAUAAUGAAUGCUACUGAGCACAGGCAGCGGAUCGAUGGUGAUCACGGUGCGGUGGACAUAACUCUCUCGCUCCUGCGCUCUGCGGUGGAGGCCACGGUACAGGUCGGGAUAUCAGAUUUACAGCAUGGCAGCGGCUUAAGCCUGCGUCUAACAGCGUCAUAUAUCAGCUCACAUUUUGUUCUGCGUGAACGAAUCCAGCUGUUCGAUGGUGUUGUUGAUCCCGAGACGUGUGAGCAGAACAAGUACGUGGUUGCUGUGCCAUGGAAGGUUAUUCUCAGUCUUAAGUUACAGAUCAGUCAAAUUGGUGGCUCCCACCGUUCUGUUGAGAAAUUCUGUCUCUGCUCCCCUCGCAAGCAUGGGCAUGAGAACCUUACGUUCGAGCUUGGUUUCGCCACCGUAAAGGUGAAGGUGACUUGGUCGACUUUGGACAUACCGCGCAGCCUUCUCGGACCGGAUUGCUACAUGUAUGACUUUGAGGCUGCUGAGGAUCUUGGCUUAUUGAACCUUAUGGGGUUAGAAGAAGCAAACUGAUUCUGUAGAGAUGAAAGUGCGAUGUCCAGUUUCCUCGGACCAACUUGCUACAAGUGAUCAGUAAGGAGGCUGCUGAGAUUGCCACCAAAAUAAACUUGAGAAGUGUCCUAGCUAAUUCUUCUUGUACUCUGA